AUGUUCGGAGGAGUCGAGUCCGAUCUCGAAAAAGCCCCCCAGGUGGGCAAAACGCCCAUGGAUGACAGCAGCGAUGGCGCUGUCCCUGGGGAGAGUUUCAUGUACGGCAAUUCGCUGUACGCAAAGCUGCAACGGUUGGCGGGAAAGCUCAAUAUUGAGCAGCGAGGUGUCGAACGUGUCCCGGACAAUGAACGGACUGACACGUCGUACUUCAAUAUCAGCAGCAUGUGGCUGGCGGCCAACAUGGUGAGCAGUUCUUUCGCUAUCGGCGUGCUUGGUUACUCCACCUUCGCUCUCGGCUUCGUCGAUGCCAUCCUCGUCUGCUUCUUCUUCAACCUGCUGGGUGUCUUGACCGUCUGCUGGUUUUCCUGCUUUGGUCCCGCCUUUGGUCUGCGCCAGAUGGUGCUCUCCCGGUUCUGGUUUGGUUAUUGGCCUACUAAGAUCAUUGCCCUUCUGAACGUUCUCUCCUGUUUGGGCUGGUCCGCCGCCAACUCCAUCGUCGGCGCCCAGCUUCUCAAUGCGGUGAACUCCGACGUUCCUGGAUUUGCAGGCAUCUUGAUCAUCGCCAUCUGCACCCUUUUUGUCACCUUCGCUGGAUACAAGGUCGUUCACCUGUACGAGUACUACAGCUGGAUCCCGACCUUCAUUGUCUUCAUGAUCGUCUUCGGAUUGUUCGCCCACUCCGGUGAUUUCAGGAAUCUCCCCAUGGGAACUGGAACUUCUGAGCUCGGCUCUUGCCUGUCUUACGGUGCGACUGUCUAUGGUUUCGCCACUGGCUGGACCAGUUAUGCCGCCGAUUACACCGUCUACCAGCCCGCGGACCGCAGCCGUCGCAAGAUCUUCUUCGCCGCCUGGGGAGGACUGAUCCCCCCUCUUCUCUUCACCCAGUUCCUGGGUAUUGCCGUUAUGACCGCCACUUCCAUCAACGGCGGAGACAACAAAUACGCCUUGGGUUACAACCAGUCUGGAAAUGGAGGUCUGUUGGGCGCUGUUCUUGAUCCCGUCGGUGGAUUCGGCAAGUUCUGUCUGGUGAUCCUGUCUUUGUCCAUCAUCGCCAACAACUGCCCCAACAUCUACUCCGUUUCCUUGACUCUCCAGGUCCUGAGUCGCUACUCUCAGCGCGUUCCCCGUUUCAUCUGGGUCCUUCUCGCCUCCGGUGUCUCCAUCGCCGUCGCCAUUCCCGGUUACUCCCACUUCGAAGAAGUCCUGGAGAACCUGAUGGACUUCAUCGCCUACUGGCUGGCCAUUUACUCCGGUGUCGCUCUUGCCGACCACAUCGUUCGCCGUGGCUUCUCCGGAUACCGCCCCGAGACUUAUGACAAGCCCAACAAGCUGCCCUAUGGUAUCGCCGCUUGUAUCUCCUUUGCUUUCGGUGUCGCGGGUAUGGUUACUGGUAUGAGCGAGACAUGGUACACAGGUCCCAUCGCCAAGCAUGCUGGUAAUGGUGAUGUCGGUUUCGAGUUGGCUCUCCUCUUUUCUUUCGUCAUGCAUUCCGUUCUGAGACCCAUUGAGCUGAAAAUGCUGGGUCGGUAA